UAUUGCUAAGGUGUUGAUUGAUAUGUCCUUUAUCUUUCCAUGUCAGUUCCGAAAUGUCAGACGUGCCGCCUACCUAUAUUGCGACCUGUCUGUGGUAGUGAUGGGAAAACUUAUUCAUCCUUCUGCGAUCUUCAACGAGCUGCCUGCAUUAUGAAAAGUAAACUCAGAAGAACAAAUCUCCAGUUCUUCCGCUGGGGGAAAUGCUCCUUCGUAGCAACCAGUGUUAAGGCAAUGGAUAACGACAAGGGUGUCCGAACCACUCCUACACCGGGUAGCAAACAAGUGACCACAGAACCAACCACGCACACAUUCUCUAGGCACACGCCCUUCACGCACACACCAUCCACGCACACGCCCUCCACGCACACGCCCUCCACGCACCCACCUCCCACCACCCACACACCAACCUCGCCAAUGACUACGCGCAAGAAAGUGUGUUAUGUGUGUUAUCCCGUGCUCGUAGCUAGGCCUGUGUGUGGGAGCGAUGGCCACACCUACGAUUCGAUGUGUCAGCUUCUACGAGUGGCUUGCCUGACGGAACGAACUACGGGUCGACGAGGACCAUCUUAUAUCAACUCAGGACGAUGUGCGCCAACAACACCAAAGACAUCGUGAAGCCAGGGCUAGAGAGGAGAAGCGCCCGUUUUCGAAUGAUUGUUUUGAUUGAGCUUUCUUAAAUUAGUUCCUGGUUCAAGCUCAGACAAUGAUGACUGAAUUUAGACGAGUUUUAAAGUCAGUUCAGGUAAUACAAAGUUUUGGUAUGAGGUCAUGAAUUUUGUUCAAAUGAACAUAUUGGAAGCAUAUGCGAUCCUACAAUAUGCAGUGGUCGUUGUCGCGGUUGUGAAUCGAGUCUAAGGUUAUGAAAUUGUAAAUAAUACACUCGUUAUGUUGUAUAGCUCCCUCUCAAGGCCAAUAUAUUAA